AUGGAGUUCCAUGUCGUGACGCAGUUCUGGUUAGAUUUCAUGAAUCAAUUUGAGGUGCAAAUUCUUGCAAUGAUAUUGUCCCAAGUGACUCGGUGUCAUGGAUUCAAGUCACGGAUACAGUCUGCAUUUGUCUCGUCCUUACCAAACUCUGCUUAUCUCUUGAAGAUUGGAAUUCUUAUGGGUUCUUCUCUUUCAUCAGUGCUGAUACUAAUACCUUCCUUCAUGCUAAUGUCUAGGGUUGGCAUCAUCCUCUCAGCAGCAGCUCACGGUGGUAAAUACACCUCCAUAGGCUCGAAGUUUCAUUGGUUUCACGCAGACCAGCAUCAAUUUUCUCGCAGCUUCCAUCAGCAGCAAUUCUGUCUAUCUCAGCUGAAAUUUUGA